GCUCUUUACGCAGAAAGAAAAAUUUCUUUUGAAUUUGAACUUUCUAGUUUCCCUUUUUUUCUACAGAUUUUCUGUCAUUUUCCCGAGAAAAAAAAAAAACUGAACAAACCAUUGAUGGCAUUGAAUAUGGCUCACCAGAUCGGAACACUCGCGGGAACUCCAAUCUCGACGGAUUCGUCAAGCGCCGAACCAGUGGUUGCGAUGGUGAAUGCGUCGGCGGUUUGGAAAUCGCCGGUGGCGAGUAUUAUGUGCAAGUCUUCGGCGGGCAUCGUUUCCCCAACUAUGCUAUCUCCGCCGCUAAGUCCACUCAGCAGGUCGCCAGUAUUGAACGCGACGAGGCCAGAUCUCUCCGUGGCGUGCAGCGCGUUUACGUUGGACGCACCGGCGGCGAUGGUGACCGAAGAGGAGACGGCUUAUGCGGCGGGAGGGAAGAAGAAGGAGCAGGCUAAUGGGGGAGUGCCGGUUUACGUGAUGAUGCCGCUAGACAGCGUGACGAUGAACAACACGGUGAACAGGAGGAAGGCGAUGAAUGCGAGUUUGCAGGCGUUGAAGAGUGCGGGGGUGGAAGGGGUGAUGAUGGACGUGUGGUGGGGACUGGUGGAGAGAGAUUCGCCGGGCGUCUAUAAUUGGGGAGGCUACGCGGAGCUGCUUGAGAUGGCUAAGAAGCACGGGCUCAAGGUCCAAGCCGUGAUGUCGUUCCACCAAUGCGGCGGCAACGUCGGCGACUCUUGCACGAUACCUUUACCAAAGUGGGUUGUGGAGGAGAUUGACAAGGAUCAGGACCUUGCAUACACGGAUCAGUGGGGAAGAAGGAAUUAUGAAUAUGUAUCUCUUGGUUGUGAUACCAUUCCUGUUCUCAAGGGCCGAACUCCUGUACAGUGCUAUGCUGAUUUCAUGCGUGCCUUCAGGGAUAACUUCAAACACCUUCUUGGUGACACCAUUGUGGAAAUCCAAGUGGGAAUGGGUCCGGCAGGUGAGCUCCGUUAUCCUUCUUACCCAGAGCAAAAUGGAACAUGGAAGUUCCCAGGAAUUGGAGCCUUUCAGUGUUAUGAUAAGUAUAUGCUAAGUAGCUUGAAAGCAGCAGCCGAGGCAGCUGCUAAGCCAGAAUGGGGAAGCACAGGUCCCACUGAUGCUGGUCAUUACAACAACUGGCCUGAAGACACCCAGUUUUUCCGUAAAGAAGGUGGUGGAUGGAAUAGUCCUUAUGGUGAAUUCUUCCUUGGCUGGUAUUCUCAGAUGCUAUUGGAUCAUGGUGAGAGGAUAUUGACAUCAGCCACAUCGAUUUUUAAGGAUACUGGUGUGAAGAUCUCAGUCAAAGUUGCUGGUAUCCACUGGCACUAUGGAACCAGGUCCCAUGCUCCUGAGCUCACUGCAGGUUAUUUUAACACAAGGAACCGAGAUGGUUAUCUUCCCAUUGCCCAAAUGUUAGCCCGUCAUGGUGCUGUUUUCAAUUUCACAUGCAUAGAAAUGCGUGAUCACGAGCAGCCGCAGGAUGCUCUCUGUGCACCUGAAAAGCUUGUGAAGCAGGUGGCCUUAGCUACUAUAGCAGCACAAGUUCCUCUUGCCGGGGAAAAUGCAUUGCCACGCUAUGACGAAUAUGCCCAUGAGCAGAUCAUUAAAGCAUCUUCACUGAAUAUUGAUGACAAUCCAGAGGGAGACAGGGAGAUGUGUGCAUUUACAUAUCUGAGGAUGAACCCAGACCUCUUCCAGCCUGACAACUGGAGACUGUUUGUGUCAUUCGUGAAGAAGAUGAAGGAGGGUAAAGAUGCCCAACGGUGUCGGGAGCAGCUGGAGAGGGAAGCAGAGCACUUUGUUCACAUCACCCUGCCUUUGGUGCAGGAGGCUGCUGUUGCUCUUACACAUUAGAAAUAUUGGUAAAGCUUACCUCACACAUAGUUUUAAUUGGAAAUGAGGGAAGCAUGCCUUAAUUACCACAGUAUCAUAUUGUGCCAAUAACUGCAUAAAACUAAAAGCCAUUGCUUUGCCAUAGCUCUUUUUGUUAAGCUGUGGCUGUAAAAGAGAGCAAUGUUGUUCUAUAAGAUAGGGGAUUCUAUGUAUUUUGCCCCAGUACUUUAAACCUUCUAUAAUUAAACACAAAAUUAUAGUACAAUAUCUAUAUCUCUCUCCCUACAUGAGUAAAUGAUGCUAUGUACC